CGGCUCGGCUCGGCUCGGCCCGGCCCGGCCCGGCCCGGCCCGGCCCCGCCCCGCCCCCUGCAGGAGCGGGUCGCCCUCCUGCCGCCGGGGGCGGCUCAUCGUGCGGUGUGAGCAGCGCCUGUGAGGCUGGUCCCCGAGGCAAGGGUCCGUGCGCUGCCCCCGGCCCAUCAGCAGCUGUCAAAUGGCGUCUGCACUACACGCUCGCCUCCGCCUCCUGCCCGCUGGUCUCGCCGUUCCGCGGCUUUGGCCCAUUCGGUCCGUGCAUGAGGCCGCCGAGGCCGCCAAGGCCUAAAGCGCAGAAGGCGGCCUCUUCUGAGAGAGCCUCGGAAGGCAGUGGCGUUGUGUGCAGGCCCUGCUGCCCAGCAGUCAGCGCUUGGUGCUCAAACUUGGCCCCGGGGUCUGUAAUGGUGAGAUGGAGCUGGUGGGGGCGAGCUGAGAGAGGAGGAAGGAACAAGAGUUUUGUCUUAUGGCUGUUCCAGGAAAGGUGGCAGCUUUCCAUCUGCCUCCCCUGCCAACUGUUGGAGAGAUUAUUAAACUCUUUCGCCUUAAAGCCCAGAAACAACUUUCCCAGAACUUUCUACUGGAUUUGCGAUUGACAGACAAGAUAGUGAGACAGGCUGGCAAGCUGAAAAAUACCCAUGUUUGCGAAGUGGGGCCUGGGCCAGGAGGAAUUACCAGAUCCAUUCUCAGUGCUGGUGUUGAACAACUCCUUUUAAUUGAAAAAGAUGCUCGAUUUAUUCCAGGAUUGCAGAUGCUAUCUGAAGCAGCUCCAGGAAGAGUGCGCAUUGUUCAUGGAGAUAUUCUGACAUAUAAGAUGGACAAGGCUUUUCCAAAGCAUUUAAAAAAGAACUGGGAGGAUGAGCCACCAGAUAUACAUAUCAUUGGGAAUCUGCCUUUCAGUGUUUCAACUCCUCUAAUCAUCAAAUGGCUUGAAAAUGUUUCCAAAAAGGAUGGACCUUUUAUUUAUGGCAGGACACAAAUGACAUUGACUUUUCAGAAGGAAGUUGCAGAGAGGCUUACAGCUAAUCCAGGAGGUAAGCAGCGUAGCAGACUGUCCAUCAUGUCUCAGCAUCUCUGCAAUGUUGAAAACUGUUUCGUAAUUCCAGGUCAAGCCUUUGUUCCAAAACCAGAGGUGGAUGUGGCUGUGGUGCAUUUCACUCCACUGGUGCAACCAAAGAUACAGCAGCCAUUCGAGUUAGUGGAAAAAGUGGUUCGAAGUGUUUUCCAGUUUAGAAGAAAAUACUGUUUCCGCGGAGUUGAGACCUUGUUUCCUGAAGGCGGACGGUUGAAAAGAACUGAACAGCUGAUGAUGACAGCAGAUGUUGAUCCAACUCUGCGUCCUUUUCAGCUAUCCAUGUCACACUUUAGAAAUCUAUGCAAUACAUACAGGAAAAUGUGUGAUGAAGACCCGAGCCUUUUUGUGUACAAUUACAGAGAAGAACUAAAGCAAAAGAAGAAGGUGAAGAAUUUACUUAAAAGUACCAGUCAGCCUGAACAGAUGGAAGAGGAAAAUCAGCUGUAAUGGCAGCAGACUGUUUUUUUAUUUAACUCCUGAUGUUGAUUCAUUAAAAGGAAGCUUAUGUAUUCCUACAUCUGUGCAAGUAUGGAAGAAAUACUUUUGAGAAAGUGGUGGCAAGAGAGGGCUUCCCCUUUUAUUUAUUCAUUCUGUUCAGCUAUAGACAGAAGUGAUACGACAGUCCAGUUACAAGCGCCUACAGCUUCUUGGGAAAUGGCUGGAACACAUACCAUGAACAAGGUAUGUUGUGAGACAUGUCAUUAAGUUGGGAUACUUCUGAAAUAAUUGAAUUUUUGUCUGAAUGAAAGUGCAUUAUUGAAAUGUAAGAAAAAAUACUUUUCAUACUUCAGCAUGAUGGUGUUUGGGGAUUUGUGCUCUUUUUAUCCUGGAACAUCCUACUCUGCAGAGUAAAAAACAGAAGCCAAAACUCUUGUAUAAAUAUACUCAAGUGACUAGCUUAAAGGAGGAUAAAAUGCGCAGAUUGCUUCAAGGUCUGCUAAUACUCUUCUCAUUUAUACAAAAGCAAAGAAUUUGGGAUUUAAAUCUCCAACUAGAGAAAAGCAGCAUGAUAAAAAGUAGAAAACAUGGCUAAGUACAAUACUUAUUUGUCUUUUACUGUACAGGCUGGUAGAGAAAAUAAAAAAUACAGUCAAAUAAAA